AUGGCAUUGCCGGAUGACACUCGCCUUAUGAACAACCAAACUUCCACCGAAGGUAACUUGGCACCUGGUCGUAUGGCCCUUCCGUCAAGGCCACCCCCAAUGACCGCAAGUAACGAGCCCUCGAAGCACGAGUCAACCGGACCGGUUGACGAGGCGGCCUCCAAGUCCGAAUCCGGGCUGUCGCCGAAUUCAAAGAAAGCGGGGCAUGCUGCGCAGAGUCCGUCUGGUCGCAAGAAGUCUCCAAAAAUCUUAAAUGCCCAACCAGCGCAAUCUCCAACCGAGACCGUGGGGGUGGUGAACGUCGCAACGCUGGGACUUGUGCCUUCUGUUCAGGGUCAUGCGGGUCAAGUCUGCAGCAAUUGUGGUACGACACAUACUCCUCUUUGGCGAAGAUCACCUCAAGGAGCCAUCAUUUGCAACGCUUGCGGACUGUACCUAAAGGCGCGUAACGCGGCUCGCCCUGCCAACAUCAGGCGCCCUCCCAGCGUGAUGGCGAGCAAUGUUAGGCAGGCCGCGGCCAAAUUGUCCUCCAAAAAAGCAACCGCACCGUUACUGCCAAGCAACCCGGGAGCAACAUAUGUGGCCGCCGAUCAGACGCCGUCAGGAUCGUGCCCUGGAGGCGGAAGAUGCAACGGCACAGGUGGUGCGGAGGGGUGUGGUGGUUGCCCCGCAUACAACAACCGCGUUUCCAAGAGUGCGAGUCUCAACGUGCUAAAGUGUCAGGGCGCAGCAGCCGCGUCUUCCAAGAAACCUCAAGCAGCAGAGGGCAGCGGGGAAGAACCGACCGAGGUGGACAUCACCGCCUUACACGUACAAUCGCAAAACACAACCGUUGUUAUUGCUUGCCAAAACUGCGGUACUACCAUUACUCCGCUCUGGCGAAGGGAUGAAGCCGGUCAUACCAUUUGCAAUGCGUGCGGUCUCUACUACAAGUUGCACGGUGUGCAUCGGCCAGUGACCAUGAAAAAGGCAAUAAUCAAACGGAGAAAACGUGUGAUUCCUGCCGCCGGAGGUGAUGCCGAAAUUGAGCCAAGUGAGGCUCCAGAUUCACCACCCGCGACAUCAGAACCUCCGAUGGAGAAAGGUACGGUCAACGAAGAUGGAUCUGUUAAUCUCGGCAUCCGUCGACGUUCAGUGCGACCAUUGACGCUCGUGCCUGAGGAUGAAUUGCGGCGAAACAGACAGGCAUCCCCGCUGUCUUCAGCCGCCUUGGGACAGUACCACUCAUCUCAUACAAAUCAACCACACCACGGGGCUCAUGCAUCUCUCACUUACGAGAAUCGACUGGCUCCCAUUCAUUCACUGGCGCUCCCGGUUGAUCGUCAAGCGUCCAUAUCACCAGUAUCAUUUCUGUCCCCAUCAAGAAAGCGGUCGAUAUCUGCUGUAGAGAACGAACCUUCGUCUCACAAUGACAACGAAAGUCAUAAGCGCCUGUCUUCCAUCAAAUCCAUUCUCAACCCGAUGCCGAGUUCCGAGAUGCACCGAGAGGUCUCGCCGGCAGACCAGUUACGGAUGCAACCAGCCUCCCGGUCCCCAGCCAUGAGCAGUCUGACUCCAGCACACAGUCCAGGGUCAUUCUCAAACAGUACGGUUAUUGGGACACCAACAUCAGCUCCGAUUUUGCGGAGCGCUUCGAGAGAUACCCUCAAUGAUAGCGAGCGGAUGAAGGCAGAGCGAAGAGCAGCGUUGGAGCGCGAGGCCGAAAUGAUGAGAGAGUUGCUGGCCGCAAAGGAACGGGAGCUUGCCGAGUUGGGUUAUGAUUGAUAUGCGGAGGCUGAAAAAGCGGCAUGCUGUGAAUUCGGGGGAAACGACUGGAGUUAUUCGGGAGAGCAUACCCAUGGAAUUUGACUUGUGCAUAGAUAGAUAGCAACGGAAGGCAUAGUCUUUUUG